AUGGCAAAGGGAUUCAAGUUGAAGGAGCUACUCUCCCGUUAUAAGGAAACAGUCAAGGGGGAACGGCCAAAGAAGAAGAACAACGUUAAGAAAGCGGACACACAGCAAAGUAAUGAAUCGGCGGGCCAAGCCAAUGAGUCCCUAGAAGAAUCUGGGUCUGCCAAGCAGCAGGACGUCGCGCCAGUAGACGCUAGCACAACUCCGCUUUCCCGGAAGGAGCGGAGGAAACAGAAGAAGCAGCAGAAGCAACAGCAGAAGCAACAGGAGGAACAGCAGGAGGAGGCGUCGGGUGACGAAUCCGCCGAAGCAGCGCCUGCAUCGCUGGACCUGGAUAAACUGGCGCGCAGCGACUCAGAGUCGGAAUCCGAGGACGAGUUCGCCGAGGCGCGCUCUGUGGAAGAGCACGAGGCGGAGGACGGAUCUGAAGAGGACGUGCCGCUGUCAGAUGUGGAGUUCGACUCGGACGCCGACGUCGUGCCUCACCAGAAGGUCACCAUCAACAACACAAAGGCCAUCUCUGACUCCCUAGCCCGUAUCCAGCUGCCAUGGCAGAAACAUUCCUUCCAGGAGCACCAGACCGUCACCGCGGCCGCCAACGCCGACGCAGGCAUCACUGACAUCUACGACGACACGGAGCGCGAACUGGCAUUUUACAAGCAAUCUCUGGACGCCGUGGUGCAGGCGCGGGACGCGCUCACCGCGCUACGCGUGCCGUUCAAGCGUCCCCUGGACUACUUUGCAGAGAUGGUCAAGACAGACGAGCACAUGGACAAGCUGAAGUCCAAGCUGGUCAAGGAAGCAAGUGAUAAAAAGGCCCGCGAGGAGGCCCGCAAGCAGCGCCAGCUCAAGAAGUUCGGCAAGCAGGUCCAGGUCGCCACGCUGCAGCAGCGCCAGAAGGAAAAGCGCGAGACCCUCGACAAGAUCAAGUCGCUGCGCACCAAGCGCAAACACAACGACAUUGACGACGAUGCGUUUGCCGUCGGCGUCGAAGACGCCGCCGCAGAGAAGCCUCACAAGGCCGGCGCCAAGCGCCAGGCCAAGAACGCCAAGUACGGCCAGGGCGGCCUCAAGCGUUUCAAGCGCAAAAACGAUGCCCAGUCCUCCGCCGAGAUGACCGACUUCUCCACUCGCAAGAUGAAGGGCAAGGCGCCUCGCCCGGGCAAAAGCAAGCGCUCUAGAAGACACUAA